CGCCCCUCGCGCCCGGGAGGAGGAUGCAGAGACGCCGCGGCCGGCGAUGAGGAUGGAGGCCGGAGAGGUAGCGCCGCCGGCGGGGGCGGGCGGCCGCGUCGCGGGCGGCUGGGGCAAGUGGGUGCGGCUCAACGUGGGGGGCACGGUGUUCCUGACCACCCGGCAGACGCUGUGCCGCGAGCAGAAGUCCUUCCUCAGCCGCCUGUGCCAGGGGGAAGAGCUGCAGUCGGACCGGGAUGAGACCGGGGCCUACCUCAUUGACCGUGACCCCACCUACUUUGGGCCCAUCCUGAACUUCCUCCGUCAUGGCAAGUUGGUGCUGGACAAGGACAUGGCUGAGGAGGGGGUCCUGGAGGAAGCCGAGUUCUACAACAUUGGCCCACUGAUCCGCAUCAUCAAAGACCGGAUGGAAGAGAAGGACUACACGGUCACCCAGGUCCCACCCAAGCACGUGUACCGCGUGCUGCAGUGCCAGGAGGAGGAGCUGACACAGAUGGUGUCCACCAUGUCUGAUGGCUGGCGUUUUGAGCAGCUGGUGAACAUCGGCUCCUCCUACAGCUACGGCAGCGAGGACCAGGCCGAGUUCCUGUGUGUGGUGUCCAAGGAGCUCCACAGCUCCCCGAACGGGCUGAGCUCCGAGUCCAGCCGCAAGACCAAGAGCACGGAGGAGCCGCUGGAGGAGCAGCAGCAGCAGGAGGAGGAGGUGGAGGAGGUGGAGGUGGAGCAGGUGCAGGUGGAGGCAGAUGCACAGGAGAAAGCCCAGUCAUCUCAGGAUCCCGCUAACCUUUUCUCCCUCCCACCACUGCCUCCUCCUCCGCUUCCCGCUGGAGGUCCUGCCUCAUCUUCAUCCACCUCUUCUUCCUCCUGGAUCUCAUCUGCACCCUGCCUCUUCCCUCUCUGCCCCUGUCCGGGUUUUCUCUCUGCCUGCUCACGCCUCCAUCCCGGGGCUGCCCUGGUCCCAGCCUCCCGUGCCCUCCACGCAGGCCCCCUGGCCCUGCACCCCAGACCAUCCUGCCUGCCGCCUCCUGCGCCCCUUCUGGUUUCCGCCCGCACCCUCUCAGACCUGAGGCUGAGCUUGCCAUGAGGGCUUCUCCUCGGCCCCUCGCCCGCCCCCAGAGCUGCCAUCCCUGCUGUUACAAGCCAGAGGCACCUGGAUGUGAGGCCCCAGAUCACCUCCAGGGACUUGGGGUUCCCAUCUGAAAUCCUUUAUUUUUGUACCAUGGGGUGGGCCCCGGGCCUGAGAAGGAAGAAGUGCCCUCUCCCUGGCCUCCUCUGUCUGCAUCCGUGGGGCUGUGACUUACUCCUGCCUCCAGGGGUGGGGCGGGGGCCCCCUGGGACCUCUCAAGGCCUGAGGUGGGCCCCAGGACCCCUGGGCAGAGCCGACUGCCUGUGGCGGACAUGUGACACUGCCUGGCUGUGCCUCUCCAGCCCCCACGCCCCCUCUCCCAGGUCCCCCUGCUGCAUGGCAGAUGUGCUCCCUCCUGGCCCAGUCACAGCGCCUCCUUGAGCCUUAGUCCAGGGGGUAACUCCUCCCACCCCACCUACCUCACAGGGUUGUUGUGAGGGUGCACGGAGGAGCCAGGUCCCCGAAGGCCCUCAGGUAGUAUAUAGGGGCCAUCCCCCCUUCAGCUGCCCCGGGAGGGAAAGGACCCAGCCCAACCCCCUGGCAGAAUGCUGUUUGCAAAUGGAGAUUCAGGUAUUGGGGAUGCAGGGUGUGGGGAACUGGCCUGUUAGAGCAGGGGUAGCUGGCUCAGUCUUCACUGUGGUGAUCCCACCCCCAGCCACUUGCAUUGCCCGCCCAGCACCUGGUCUGGAGGGCGGGGAGAGGCAGCGGAAGGGGCUGGGCAGGGGCAGUGGAGGACUCAGGAAGUGCCCAGGGGAGAGUGGGUGUGACGGCUGAGCCGGGGCCCCUCCUGAAUUUGACUUCCCGGGAUGGGCCCUUGCUUCCCAGCUGUGUUGGACCCCACCAUGUAAUAAAGCCCGAAGGAACAGCCCA